UCUCUUGGCCGUUGGCGCGGAGUUUGUUAUAUGCACGUGCGAGCUCAGCUCAGCUGUUUGAUACUUGAUUGUAAUGUAAGAGUUUCUUACGAACAGAUGAAUAAAUAUCAGGUCAACUGAGUUACUCUGUUAGAUGACCUCAUGCAGUCUGCUCAUCCUUCAUUUUGCAUCACGAACUUUUGAUCACUUUUGACUUGGAAACUGCUAUGCUCAUUUUCACCAGAAUCGUUGUGGAGCAUCAUUUGGGUUUCAGAGACUGUUACACCUGAUAAUUUAGAUAACAAUGGGGAUGGGACCGACUGAUAAUCAACUGUUAACAAACAGCAUGGCAGUUUCACAGCUUAUGCUGCAUGUAGAUUCCAAAAGGACUGUGGUAUGUGGAAAAUUGUUAACAAGAAUGGUAAAAAUGGAUUUGUGGAGACGAAUACAUUGCCCAGAGAGUUGGCAGCCCAAGAUUCAGACUCUUUGCCCAGUAGAGGGACAUUUUUGCUGUUAUAUGGAAGUAGUGGCAACACUUCAUCUGCUGUUGUUAGUCGAUGGUACUGGAACCACCAGACCCCACAAUCUGUAGUGUACAGAAUUAGUCUAGAUAUGCUGUCGUACAACAAGAAGAGUAACCAUGGCAACCUGACUAUAAGCUACUUGACUCAGACAGGAGAAACCAGUGUCAAGGUUAUUCCUGUAAAUAACGUUCUUCAGGUGGCAAACACGUCUUUAGAGAUUCCGCAUGCAAUAGGUGAUCCGUCUAUAAGAUUUCAAGUGACGGGCAAUACAAGAGAUGAGAACACUGUGAUGGCUUUGGACAACAUUAAAGUAGAGGUAUCAUCAGAUGGUAAACUGUUUAGACCGGUUUGCUUUGCCAGCUUAACUUUCUGCAGAGACAAGAAAAUUAGCACACCUGAGGAUAUGUGGGAAGGCACACAUUGUUAUGACAGGUUGCCAGAAGGAGCACUUUGCAACUUUGAGGAAGGUUUAUGUGGUUGGAGAAAUGUUCAAGGCAGGGAUGAGCUGGAUUGGAUCAGGCAUAAAAACUCGACACCAACCUCUAACACUGGGCCUCAAUAUGAUCAUACUACAAGAACAACAACUGGACACUAUUUGUAUGUAGAGAUGGACCAUGGUAAACAUUUAGAUGCUGCCAUUCUUCAGAGUCCAAUCUUUCCAGCCCCUGUUGCUGCAGUCUGGGAUUCUUCAUCAGCAAUGCAUGGGUCAUGUCAGCUCAUCUUUUACUACCAUAUCUAUGGUCAUCGAGUGAGCAGCCUGAGUGUAUCUUUAGUCAGCGAAUGUGGAUUGGGGUUCAACUCCACUUUCGAAAUCCUGAAUCUCAGUGGCAAUGCUAACAAGUGGAAGUGUGCCUCUGUCUCUCUCACUGAAAAGAUUCCUAGAAAUUUUGGAGCGUAUUUUAUACAGAUGAAAGCUUUUCGUGGACUGACACAUAAAGGAGACAUAGCCAUAGAUGAUUUAUCAUUAAGCCCAGAAUGUUUCAGCCAAGUUACCACCAAAGAGAAACCUAGCAAUAAGACACCUUGUAGAAAACUGCCAACAACUGUAAAAGAAGAAAAAGAAGAGACAGCUACCUCCUCAAUGCCAAGUAGUAAACCUGGUCUUUUUGUGGAGUUGGAAAAUGGAACACAGUACAAAUUUAACAGUUGUAAUUCCUUUGGAUCCACUGGUCCCAUACAGUCAAAGUGCAACUCAGUUUACAAAUCCAGCAAGACAGUGGUUGACGUUGACAGUGGAACAUUUCCUGGUGUGCAGAUAUGGACUGUUCCUGAAAAUGGCACUUAUGAAAUUCAUGCCUCGGGAGCAGCUGGUGGGAAUGGGGUGUGGACAACUGAUGGAUCCCAAGGUACUCUUUUAGGAGGACUCUUUCACCUAACAGCUGGAGAACAGUUGUAUAUACUGGUAGGACAGAAGGGGGCCGAUGCCUGCACUUUGAAAGUACCCGAUACAGUUAUGAAGAUCUGUGAGGCGAGGGACUCACUGAACAACACCCCGACAUCCUGGGUAGCUGGGGGAGGGGGAGGUGGUGGAGGGGCAUCCUUUAUUUUCAAGAUAAGGAAUGGAAUUGGGGAGGUGGAUCUGCUGAUGGUUGCUGGUGGGGGAGGUGGAUUGGGUUACAAAAACAAUAAUCAUGAAUCUCUCCGACCAAGAUAUGAGAUGAACGAUCCAGGAGAUGGCUACAGUGGCUUUACUAACCUAAAUGGGUCAGGUGGAGGAGGGGGAUUUAGAAUGAGGGAGCCAGUACAGUAUCGACAGGCGGGCAAGUCCCUUCUAAAGGGGGCCACUGGGGGACAAUCUUGUGAGGUAGCAUACAGACUAAAAGGCUGGGACACCCCUGGUGGGUUUGGAGGAGGAGGUGGUGCCUGUUCAACAGGGGGUGGAGGUGGAGGAUAUACAGGGGGUAAUGUGUCUGAAAACGAUGGUAUGGGCAUGAAUGGUCAAGGUGGUUCUUCAUUUGUGACCACGGAUGCCCUGAAAACAUACAACAGCUACCCAGGUAGUAAAUCUGAUGGCUAUGUGGAGAUACAAUUGAUGUUCAUGAAGUGCAAAUGUACUGGUGUAUGCCACAUUAAAAAUUGGAAGAGUGAACAAUAUGAAUGCAGCUGUAUGGAGGGCCAGACCCUGGAGAAAGAUGGAUUCACCUGCUCAGGUGAGCAGUUGGUAAUAGUGGAUAUCACAGAAAUAGAGGGCUUCAAGAUGAAAUAUGUAGUGUACAUAGCAGUAGCCAGCACCAUGUUCAUCGUCAUAGUGACCUGUAUUGGACUAUAUAUCAUGAGGAAGCAUAGAAAAAGGUUACGUUUGGAUUCUGUUCGGAUUGAACUCCAGACAGCCAGUCAGAACUUUGCCAUACAGUCCUCAUCCAGUUUCCUAAGAAAUGGGACAUUACAACACCGUCGCAUGAUGACAGAGUACAAUCCCAACUACGACUAUGUAGCUGCUAAAUACCCUGAACAACAGUUGAAUGAACUGAACCGCAACAAACUGGAGCUAGUUAGGGCACUGGGUCAAGGGGCUUUUGGUGAAGUGUACAAGGGAUAUAUAUUGGGUUUUACAAAUAUGGAAAGAGAGAUGCCUGUUGCUAUUAAGACAUUACCAGCCUACAGCACAGAAGCAUCAGAACUGGACUUCUUUAUGGAGGCAGUCAUUAUGAGUAAAUUUAACCACCCCAAUAUAGUGCAACUGAUAGGAGUUUGUUUUGAGAACCAUCCUCGAUACAUUGUGCUGGAACUGUUAGAGGGAGGUGAUCUGAAAUCUUUCCUCCGGGAAAUGAGGCCUAAACCAGACUUUGUUGAGCCCCUUGUCCGUAUUCCUGAUCUGCUUAACCUUGCAGAUGACAUAGCAAAAGGCUGCCAACACCUAGAGGAUAGACAUUUUAUACAUAGAGACAUUGCUGCCAGAAAUUGUUUGUUGACAUGCAAGGGCAAAGAAAGAGUGGCAAAAAUUGCAGAUUUUGGAAUGGCAAGGGACAUUUAUAGGUCUGACUACUACAGAAAAGGAGGCAAGGCCCUGCUACCUAUAAAAUGGAUGCCUCCGGAGGCCUUCCUGGAUGGAGUCUUCACUUCCAAAACAGAUGUGUGGUCUUAUGGUGUCCUGCUUUGGGAGAUCUUUUCUAUGGGUUAUAUGCCCUACCCAGGCAGAACAAACCAUGAUGUCAUGCAGUAUGUGACUAAUGGAGGGAGGCUGGAACCUCCAGAAAAAUGUCCCAGGCCAUUAUAUGAUUUGAUGUGUGAAUGCUGGACAACUAGUCCCGAUUCCAGACCAAGUUUUUCUGAAAUCCUACAAGCACUGAAGGGAUUCUUUCAAUGUUCAGAGGUCCUUGCAGCUGAGCUACCCAAGUUUUUCAUGGUGCCAUUCCAGGGUUCGGGUCUUGCUUCUAGGGUUCACCCUCCAAGUGAUGAUGAAAGUGAGCUUACUCCGGACUCUGACACAACAGAACCACUGCUAUCUGGGCAAUAUCAAGGGAGUCUCAAAUCCUCCAAGAAAUCACGCUCUCCCAAAGACAGCCUUAAGUGUCCUUCCUUACAUGUCAGCCUCCCCACAGACAAUUCUUUGUGCGAUAAGAAGUCUCAGUCUCGUGAUCCAUUCCCUUCAUUAUGUGAUGCGACUUCACAAUGUGAAAACGAUUAUCAAACUCACACCUCAGACUCGUGGUCCAACGCUCCUGCUCACUCAUCUGAGACAAGUCCUCUGAUGAACUUGUCUCAUAGUUUUACUGUGUCCACAAUUGACCCUUGGUCAAGGAAAUAUACUAGGAACAGUUUAUAUGAGAACCAGACGUCACCCAAGUUGAUUCUAUCAAAGAAGAAUUCAUCCAAUAUUUGAUAUUUAUGUGAACAAAAACUGCUCUCUUUUUUUCACAUAAACCUUGAAAUAUUCUCUAUAGUCUAUAAACCAUCUAUCAGAUCAUGAGUUUUAAAAAAUCAAGUGAGGCAAUGGUGCAGGUUAAAUUGGAAUCUUAAAGUUAGUAUAUAUAUUGCAUAUUCUUCCUGUUUUAUUUUUCAUGUUAGCGAAAUAGAUCCAUCUUGCACUCAAAAGACAAUGUCACACAAGCUAUGGGUAUAUUUCUAUGAAAUCUAGAGCCACAGCUACAUUUGUCAGGAGGAGGAUGUUAAUUUCUAUGGAGUACCAAAUUAACAUAAACUCGAAUAAUUGAAGAUAUUUUUAAUUAUUUGAAUAUAAUCAAUUCAAUUAUUGCAUGCAAUAAUUCAAUUCAUGCUCUCAUUAAUUGAUUUGAUACAUGCAUUCAUUAAAUUAUUGGGUGCAAUAAUUGAUUUGAUGUGCACAUCAAUUGAAUUAUUGCAGUCAAUAAUGGAAUUGAUGCGUUUAUCCAUUGAAAUAUUGCACACAUGCAGCAAUUACAUCGAUGUGCACAUUAAAUCAAUUACGGCUCUCAUCCAUUGAAUUGAUGAUCUCUUUAAUUACAAUGAUUUUGUAGAGGGAAUUAACACCAUCAUGAAUUCUUUUAAAGAUAGCAACAAUUCAUAAUUAAUUCAAUU